AUGAACUGCUUCGCCUUAACACUUCUCCUCGGUUCCUGUGAUAACUACGUCAACAUUACGCAACCGUCACGCAAUUUACUCUUCACCUCCUCUUCCUUCCCUGGCUACCCGCAUGAUGACGGGUUCUAUACUGGUCAGUGGGUGCGCUUCACUGGGAUCGGUGGAGACAAAGUCAUCGCUUCCUGCCUAGGACACCAGACUGGUGGUUUCCAAUACUCUUCACGUAUCCCGUUUACACAUCCAACCGAAGAGUCCGACUCUCCGACAUCAGGGAAUGGAGACACUUAUGUUUCAUCCUGCGGUAGUCAUACCUUCACAGCCAGUGUUGUGCUGUGUCCAGGAGAGUUCUACAUAUACAGAGCUUCAAGUCACCCAAUAUCCGGAACUGGCCUUGUAACCUAUCAUAGUGUCUGUAAAAAUGCUUCCUGUGGACCACUUGCGCAGUGUAACAGUGAUGGAGGGUGUACUUGUGUGGCUGGCUACGAGUUACGCCCAAAACAUCUGCCAACAGGGGAUUCGUACGGUUGUACUGACAUAGAUGAGUGUGCCAAAGAUGAGUCGUGCGGUAGUAACUCCGAUUGUAACAACACAAUCGGAGCAUAUACUUGUCGCUGCCUGGCUGGAUAUAAUGCAACAGAUCCAAGAAAACCACCUGGAAGCUCCAAUGCAUGUAUAGAUAUCGACGAGUGUCUUCAAAACGUCUGCGGCGACGAUGGACAAUGUGUCAACGAGCCAGGAACUUAUAAAUGCGAUUGCUUCAAUGGUUACCAGAUUGUAAGGAACGCCACUCCAGUUUGUCAAGAUAUAAAUGAAUGUUCCAGAGCCGACUUCUGUGGUCCAAGCUCUUGGUGCACCAACACACUUGGAAGUUUUGCCUGCACGUGCCAGCUGGGCUACUUUCCAACUGAACAAGAACGGCCACCCAACCAGAACAAUAAUUGUAUAGAUAUUGACGAGUGUGUUGAAGAUGCCACCGUCUGCGGUCCUGACUCCAACUGCACCAACUCGGUUGGGUCAUACAUCUGCACCUGUUUCCGUGGUUACCGGGCGAACAACCCAAACGUGAUAGCCAGCAAUGUUAACCCAUGCACAGACAUAGACGAGUGCAGCGAGACACCUGGUAUCUGCGGGAAGGGAACCGUGUGCACUAAUACACUGGGGACCUUCUAUUGUUCCUGUCCAGAUGGCUUCUACCCCACCACUGGGAUAAUAUGGAUUUUUGGUGUCUCCUUUUGUAAAAGUCUUCAUGAUAUUCUCGAUGAGAUAAAGCCUCCAGUGGGUCGCACAAAAGAAAGAACCUUUCUGGACAACAUGGACCAACAACUUGUCAGCAACAACGACAUCAUCUUGCCAGGACCAACAGUAGCAAACAGCUUCUCAGCAUCGAUGGAGGUGUCAGGAGUUGGACCCCAGGCCAAAACCAUCAAGGUGAAAAGCGAAGGAGACGCAGAGACUGGAAGUAAGAUCCUCGCUAUCUCGGACCGCCUUGUGACCGCCAUGGUGUCGCCGGGUCAGAACCACACCAAAACCACCUUGAACAGCACAACCGUGGAUCUAACCCUUGAGAUAUUUGGACCUGAGAGUAGUGGAAGUUCUUCUCAUCUCUCAGCAAAUGGAAACAUCAUGCAAAUAAACCUAGAAGGUCUGGCGAAGAACAACAACGGUUCUGCGGCAGCGGCCUUUAUGACACUAAACGGCAUGGAGAGUCUUCUCAGUCAUCAGUACUUUGAAAGCGAGAACAGGACGGAGAUGUACUCGGACGUUAUCACAGCGGUCUUACCUUCAGUGAACAACACCGACCUCACCGAGCCGGUCAACUUCACCCUUCAACACAAGAAGAUCUUACCUGAAUCUGGUUCGGUGACAUGCGUGUACUGGGAGCACGCAGGAGAAGACGAAGGAAGUGAAAAAAGCAACGAGGCAACCAAAAAUAUGAGAUGGUCUGUCGAUGGAUGCUGGGUUGCAUACUCAAACGCAAACUUCACAGUGUGCAGCUGCUCUCAUCUCUCCACAUUUUCCCUCAUCCUACAGAUUGUGGAGCCCCCACUGGAGGAUUCUUUCUUAGAGUGGCUGAACCGAGUGUGCGUCAUAGUUGGACUUUUCUUCUUUGCUUUGGCCAUCCUCACCUUUCUGCUGUGUAGCUGGAAUCCCAAAAUCGACAACACGGCUCGUCUCCAUCUGUGCCUCAACGUCUCCUUGUCGCACAUCCUGCUGCUGUGGAACGACAGAUAUGUUGAGCAUGAGUUGGCCUGCACCGUCAUAGCAGGACUUCUCCACUUCUUUAUGAUUGCCGGUUUCAUGUGGAUGCUGCUUGAGGCCCUGCAGCUCUACCUCUUGGUCCGAAAGCUCUCCAGGGUGCAGGUGAUCCAGAGGGACGGACUUCCUAAGCUGUUGCUCUAUCUGGUCGGCUACGGUGUCCCAUUUGUGAUCGUGGGUGUUUCCGCCCUGGUCUACUCGGACGGGUACGGAGUCACGGAUUUCAAGGACUGCUUGCUGUCGCAAAGGCAGAACUUCCACUGGGCCUUGACAGGACCAGUCAUAACUGUCCUUGCUCUGAACGUCAUCUUGUUCUUUGCAACUUUAUGGUGUCUGAGACCCACUUUGGCCAACAUGAGAAGUGAUGUCUCUCAGUCCAGAGACACAAGGUUGAUUGUUUUUAAGAUUGUGGCCCAGUUUGUCAUACUGGGCUGUGCGUGGAUUAUUGGUCUAUAUCAGAGCAACCUUUUCUUCCAAGUCCUUUUUAUCAUACUCAAUUCCCAGCAAGGGACCGUCCUCUAUAUAGUCCACUGUGUGCUCAACAAAGAGGUCAGGGAGGAGUACAUGAAAUGGUUGACAUGUUCAUUCAGCAGGAAGCAAGAAGAAAGUUCCGCAAAAGAUGCACAGUCAGUGUCCGAGGACCUCGACAACGACGAGGAUGAAGCCAGUGUGAGAAAAUGA